AUGGGCUGGGUCUACAAUCUGACCGUCCCUGAUCCCCACAGUCAUGUCUCUCGCGUCAUUGCCAUCUGUCUCGUUUUCUCGAUUACGGCUUGUUUGGCGGUCUUCUUGAGAUUGUAUAUUCGCAUUCAUACGAAGAGGUCCGCCUGGUUGGAUGAUUUCGCGGCGCUAUGGAGUGCCUUACUGGCGAUGACGUAUGCUGGGAUUGCUGUUGCGCAAACAAGAUGGGGUCUAGGUCUAGAUGCGAAGUACUUCCCUGAUCAGAACGUGGUCAUGUUUAGCAAGAUCCAAUACGCCGGUGGCCCCGUCUACACCCUUGCAUUACUCGGAUUCAAAGUCUCCCUGCUGUCAUCGUACCUGCGCAUUGGGGGCUUCGUGCAGGCGUACCGCGUGACGAUCAUCGUGGCUAUUGUGGCGGUGACCUGCAAUCAGUUGGUGUUUACUUUCUUGCUGUUGUUUGCUUGUAAUCCGGUUGCUCGUCAAUGGGAUACAAGUCUCCCUGGAUCAUGCAUAGAUACGGUAGCGUCUUAUUAUGCUCUCGCAGGAACUAGUCUCGGCUUCGACAUAAUCAUAAUCGCCCUGCCCCUCCCCGUCCUCCUCACUCUCCAACUGCGGCUUCGACAAAAGAUAGCCCUCGUCGGCGUCUUCGCCCUCGGCUUCUUUAUAACAAUAAUCCAAAUAAUCCGGAUCUUCACAAUCAAGAACCUAAAAACCUACACAGACAGUCAACCCAUCGUCAUCUGGUCGGAUGUGGAAAUCAGUUUGGGCGUAAUAAUAACCUGCAUCCCAACCUACGGCCCGUUCUUCCACGCCUUCGCAUCCACCCUAUCAUCCAGCUACAACAACAACCGCACACAUACGACAAACAACACGUACAAUAACCCGCAUAAUACCUACGCUACGCUGACGUAUUUGACGUCGCCGACGACGACCACGAGUACGUCGUAUCCGUUGCGAAAGACGCAGACGCGGAAUACCACUGCUAGUUCGAUAGUCACCAACAAUGGGGGUCGGAAGAAGAGUCGUGAUCUUGUGGAUGCGAGUUUGGAUGAGGUUGCUCGGGGGUUGGGCAUGGGUGGAUUGGAGUUGGGGCUGGAGAGUGGGAUGUUGUUUGGGACGAGUGGGAGUGAGGAGGGACGGUCGGUCAGGAGUAGGAGUCGGAGUCGGAGUAGUUGUGGUGGUGGGAGAGGGAGGAGUUGUAGUCCGAGUGGUGGGUAUGGAGGGGUGUGGGAUGGGAGCGGGGUGGCGCCGACGACGACGACGAUUUGUAGUUUGCCGGCUGUGGCGAGGGUGAGGGAGGGAGGGUUUGGGAAUGGUGGUUGUGUUGAUGAGGAUAUGAUGGAGGCUGGGGUUGGGGGAGGGUUUGGGGUGAGUGCGGUUGGGGGUGGGAGUUCGAGUAGUAUGGUUACGGGGAGUGCUGGGGUGAGUGGUAAUGGCAAUGGGAAUGGCAAUGGGAAUGGGUGGAGGAUUCAGAAGAUUAUGGAGGUUAGGGUUGAGAGGGAGUGA